CAGUUCACAGUUUGGCAAGCUGGACAAUUUGAAAACGGAAAUAGAAGCUAUCGGAAUGUCGGAACCGGCACCUGCCAAUAGUGCCUUCAAUCCAGAGACUGACAGCCUGCACGCGUCCAUGAGGCCCAUCAUCGUGUUGGCCCAAUGCUUUUCCUUGUUUCCUGUAUCCGGUGUUAAUACUCCUGAUGCGUCCUAUCUGAGGUUCACUUGGCGCAGUCCGAAGUUUAUAUAUUGUGCAAUUUCCUUUCUUGCCUCGUCAAUGAUGACCAUUUGCAACAUUUUGAGGCUAACAUACUGCAAAAUAAAUUCCACAAAAAUGACCACGUUCGUUUUCAAUGGAACGAAUUUGAUCGCCUCCUUCCUGUUCCUAAAAUUGGCUAUGCAAUGGCCAUCUUUGAUGUUAACCUGGGAGAAAGUCGAGAAAGAGCUUUCACAUAGACAUAGAAAAAUUUCGAAAACUAGUUUAUCCACGAAGUUCAAGAUUGUGACUGUGGUGGUGAUGACGUUUGCAUUGAUCGAACACAGUUUUUCGAUACUCCACGGUUACAUGAAAGCUAAAGAGUGUGCUGAACAUCGAGGGGACACGAAUAUCAUUGGCGUAUAUUUUCAGCUGCAAUUUCCACAGAUAUUCGAGUACACGACUGAGUACAGUUUAUGGAAAGGGAUAUUAGUGGACGUCAUUAACAUCCUCAGUACCUUCUCGUGGAAUUUUGUCGACUUGUUCCUUAUUCUUAUUAGCAUCGCUUUGACGGACCAAUUUCGACAACUGAAUAGUCGCUUGUAUUCCAUAAGAGGCAAGGCAAUGCCGGAAUGGUGGUGGGCCGAGGCAAGGAGCGACUACAACCACUUGGCAUCCUUGACGAGGCAACUGGACACCCAUAUCUCGAUUAUGGUUCUCCUUUCUUUCGCCACCGAUCUGUAUUUCAUCUGCAUACAACUACUGUUCUCUUUCAAUCCUAUGCAAGACACUAGUGAGAUACUAUACUUCGGCUUCUCCUUUGGAUUCCUAUUAACCAGGACGACUGUGGUCUCUCUAUGUGCCGCAUCGAUUCACGAUGAGUCCCUACUUCCGGCACCGGUGCUCUACAGCGUCUCCGGAAGCAGUUACUCCACGGAAGUAAUGAGAUUCUUAUCGCAAGUAACAACGGACAAUAUCUGCCUGACUGGAAUGAAAUUCUUCUCAGUGACCAGGAGCCUCGUAUUAACUGUAGCGGGAACUAUAGUCACAUACGAAUUGGUCCUGGUCCAAUUCAACGCUAAUCAACAAAAUGACGUGACGAAUAGUACGGCCGCGUGCGAGGUGAAGUAA